AGGAAAGAGGGAAGGAAGGAAAGCAAAGCAAAAGAGAAAGGAAAGAAGGAAGAAAAGGAAUGGAAAGGAAAGGAAGGAAAAGAGGAAAGAUAAGGGAAAAGAAAGGAAUGAAGAAAGACAGCCAGACAGAUAGACAGCUCUAGUCGUCCUCAGCAGCCAGGAUGCAAGUCUGUUUCUGGCUUUAGAAACCUUCCUGUUUCUUGAGCCGAGUCAAAAGCAAAGUUGGCAGAGUGAAAACUGGAGAGAGCUCCUGUCACCUUUAAUGCUUGGCUACAAUAAUAGCAAGAGAGUCGGGGAGAUGGAAUGGUUUGAGUGUUGGAUUAUGACUAUAGAUCAGGGUUCGAUUCCUGUCUCGAGCAUCAAAACCCAUUGGGUGACCUUGGGUGAGUCACACAGUCUCAGCCUCAGAGAUGGCAGUGGCACACCUCCUCUGAACAAAUCUUGCCAAGGAAACCCAGAGACAGGUUCGCAUCAGAAAUGAUGGAGAGCAACAAACCACAAAUAAAGACAUGGAUCCUGAGGAUGCAGAAGAACUGGCAGCUGAGCUGCAUGGAAAAACAGUGGAUGGCUGGGGCCUCUUUCAGAUUGCGGCGGGCACAGGUUUGACUGCCUAUGUUGUGUGGGCAGGGAUUCUCAUGCCAGGAUUCCGCAAAGUACCUUUAAGGUUACAGGUGCCUUAUGUUCCAGCAAGUGUCAAGCAAGUGGAGAAUGUCAUGUCGCUGCUGAAAGGACGCUCAGGGAAACUGGUUGAUUUGGGGUCAGGAGAUGGCAGAAUUGUACUAGAAGGCUAUAAGCAAGGCUUCAGGCCAGCCAUUGGUUAUGAACUCAAUCCAUGGCUUAUCCGACUAUCCAGCUAUCACGCCUGGAAGGCUGGGUGCUACGGAAAGGUUUCUUACCAUCGAGAAGAUCUUUGGAAGGUGAAUCUCUCAGACUGUAAGAAUGUAACCGUAUUUCUGGCUCCCAGUGUGCUGCUACUUCUAGAGAGAAAGUUGCUCAUGGAACUUCCAGAAGAUGCUCGCGUAGUUGCUGGCCGUUUCCCUCUCCCCAGCUGGAUCCCCACCACGACGGACGGGGAAGGUGUGAACCAAGCCUGGGCCUAUGAUAUCAAGACUAUACGGGAAACUGAGCAGGACAAAUCAGAGGGAAGCCCGGUAUAAGAACUAACCAGCAUGGAAACGUAUGUUUGCAAAGAAACCUGCUGGUAUUUAUGGAUGUCUGGAAAGUAGGCUGUGCCUCUUUUCCAUUGCUGGACCUUUUAGAGUCCAAAUUGGGAGGAAGCAGGGAGGAGAUAUGAGAUAUUUUGAGAAGCAAUCCUAUGAGCCAGAAUGCUGUCAGUUACAGAAAUGUGACCAUUCCUGUUACUAAAUGCUCUCUGGUUCUCUCGAGUGGCCAUUUCAGGUGUUGCAGCUUGGACAAAAUGCAAAAGAUAUUACAAAGAAAACCU